AACGGUUCUCUGUAAACUAUCUACUAUUACUUUACUACCUGUCAACAAUGGAAAAGACAUUUCAAUUUUCAAGUUACAACGGUAAAAAAAAUUGUCAAAGAUCUAAGUGAACAGAGAGAGGAAGAGGAAGAGAUGAGGCGAAGAAGAUCAUGGAAGACCAAUCAAAAGAAGGGGAUCCAAGAUGAACCAUUACAAACCCAAGAAACUCAUAUGCCCGAUUCCAUUUCAAUCAACCCAGAAAAGGAAAAUUGUGAAGAUGGUGGAUCAAGGUUUUACGGAUGCUAUCUGUUGACGUCUCUUAGCCCUCGUUUUAAGGGUCAUACUUAUAUUGGGUUUACUGUGAACCCAAAGAGAAGAAUCAGGCAACAUAAUGGAGAAAUUACUUGUGGAGCUUUUAGAACUAAGAAAAAACGACCUUGGGAAAUGGUUCUUUGCAUUCAUGGUUUCCCUACCAAUGUUGCUGCUCUUCAGUUUGAAUGGGCAUGGCAGCAUCCUAGAGAAUCUAUAGCAGUACGAGAUGCAGCUGCCAGUUUUAAAACCCUCGGAGGACUUGCCAAUAAAAUCAAACUAGGACUUACUAUGCUUACCCUUCAGUCUUGGCAAAGUAUGAACCUCACAGUCAGUUUCUUCUCGACGAAGCACAUGAAACAUGCGGCUGGGUGUCCAAGCUUACCUUACCAGAUGAAGCUCCAUUAUUGUCCCAUGGAUGAUCUUCCUUGCUAUGGAGGUAGUGAUCAUCCUUAUGGUUACGACUAUGAAGACGACAACUCAAAUGAUAAUGAGGAAUCUUCCGGCUAUUCCGAUGAGCGACAAGAAUGUUCAGUUGGUGAUUCGUUUCAGAGUGAUAAUAUAAUCUCCGCUGUACAAAGAUCGACUGAUAAAAUCUUACUAGGGGAUCGUUUAGUCAUUGGUGAUCAAUUGGCUAGUGAGUCAUCCUCAAUGAGAGGUACAUUGAAGGAGCAUACGCAACCGUUGCAUCAAUUAUGUGUUAAUGUUAGUGGCUCAACUAUGAACACUUUGAAUGAGAUGUCACAAUGUCGUGAAGAGAUUUGGAUCGAGGAUGAUAAAAGGUCGUUCCCUGUGUUAGAGGAACAUAUACAUUCGAUUGGCAAUUUUUGUGGUUCUGAAAAUGAUUUAAGUACUGUUCUCGACGAAAAUCUGCCUUCAUGUCACAUGCCUCCUGCCUCUACGGGGAAUAAUUUGGACGAGCAAUGUCAACAAAUCGGUUCUUCGAUAAGAGAACAAUCUUCAAUUGUCAAUCUUCAAUCGUCAGUUGCAGAAAAUACUGCAAAGAAAGACAAUGUAACAUGUAUAAUAAUUGAUGAUGACACUGAGAAUCCGUUUGGGCCAAAGAAAGUUCAAUCCCCUUUUAGAUUUGUGAAUACUGACUGGCCAUAUUCGAAUGAGGGCGUUGAAAUUAUAGAACUCUGUACGCCUUCACCUAAGUUUAGAGUCAACGGCAGCAAGAAGAAAAGAGGUAUCGGUGAUUUUCCUGAUUUCAUCGACUUAACUGGAUCACCUUCGUUUGUCCAACUGUAGAAGUUUGGAACGUUGUCAAUGUUUUAUUCGCUAUGAGAACGUCAGAAUGGAGAACAGAGUUGCUCUCCUGAAUCAGCUUCUUACCUUAGUCGUACACAAGGAACAAAACUCGUGUUCUCGAGCAUCAGUUUUUCAAGAUUUGCGCUGCGUUUCCUUUUAUUCAUCAAGAUCAGAACAUAUUUCUCAACUGUCCUCAUCAAUAAUGAAUAGUCUGAAUUCAUUGUCCAUGUUUUCCUCCGUUGGGUGGAUUGUUAGUUUUAGUUGUCCUAGCAUGUGAUGGUGUUAGAAUGUUGUGUUUACAAAAUAAUUGAGUAUAUGGUGCAAACAAAAUAAUGAAUGAACAAUAAUGGAAGAAAAUUAUUUUAUUUACAUCAUUGUUUAUUGAAA